CUUCUACUUCACCCUGCAACCAGACACGCUCGCUGCUCCCGUCCACAAGAGACUGCAUCAGGCCCGCACGCCAAGUCAACGCGACAUUCAUCCCUCGUGAACUAGCAUCUACUACGCAGCAAAAGCAAAACUUAAAUUCAACAGGAAAAACGGCGUCAUGCAUCUCGCCACUCCUGCACUCGCGCUCUUGACAGCCUUCGCAGGUGUAGCGGAAGCCAAGACUGCCGCUGAAUGGCGUUCUCGCAGUAUCUAUCAACUUUUCACUGAUCGUUUCGCAAUGGCAGAUGGAAGUUCCCCUGUGUGUAACCUGGGCGAGCGGAAAUACUGCGGCGGCAACUGGCAAGGUAUUCAAAAUAAGCUCUCUUACAUCACUGAUCUGGGCUUCGAUGCCAUCUGGAUCAGUCCCAUCGUCGCAUGCACAGAGGCCCUCACCCAGUACGGCCAAUCCUACCACGGCUACUGGACCGUUGAUAUCAAUAAACUCAACCCGCAUUUCGGAACUGCCAACGAUCUCAAGAAUCUCGUUGCGGCAGCGCAUGCACAGGAUGUCCUCGUCAUGAUCGAUUUGACCAUCAACUCCAUGGCCUACCCCGGCGCGCACGACAAGGUCGACUACUCCACCUUCCAGUCCCCCUUCAAUAAGGCCUCAGCCUAUCACCAAUGGUGUUGGAUUGACUAUACCAAUGCCACCAGUAUUCUCGAAUGUUGGCUCGGUGACGACAAUGUCGCUUUGCUGGACGUCAAGACGGAGGACUCUGGCAUUCGUUCAACCUACCAAAACUGGAUCAAGAACAUCCAAGCCACGUACAAUGUGGAUGGUAUGCGUAUCGAUGCUCUCAAAUCUAUUGAAAUUCCAUUCUUCCCAGACUUCCAAAAGGCAGCAGGCAUGUUUGGUCUCGGUGAGAAUUACCAAGCAGAUCCUACCAUGAAUUGUGCCUACCAGCCUGCUGUUGAUGGUUUGCUCAACUUCCCCUUGUACUACGGCGCUUUAUUUGCCUUUAACGGCACGGGUGGUGGUAUGGACAAUCUCGCUAUGCUCAUCAAGGCCAACUCCGGAAACUGUACCGAUGUCUCUUUGCUCGGCAACUUCUUGGAGAAUCACGAUGUGCCGCGUUACGCAGCUUCCACCAAUGAUCAGCACCAGCGUCUUAAUGCGUUUGCAUUCACCUUCGUUAUGGACGGUAUGCCGGUCGUUUACUAUGGUCAGGAACAAUCAUUCACCGGCACAGCCGAUCCCCUCAAUCGUGAGGCACUUUGGCCCUCUGGCUAUGAUGAGAAGAAUCCGUACUAUCAAGCAAUCAAGGCUCUCAACGCCGUCCGCAAGAAUUGUAUUGCAACCGAUGCUACAUUCUUGACUACAGAAACGACGAUUCUGCAGCACGACAUCAAGCGCAUGGUCCUACAGAAGGGCGACCUCCUGUCCAUCUUGUCGAACGAUGGUAUUUAUGGCUCCAACGAGACCUAUGCGAUUCCCAAGACUGGUUAUGCCGGCAACACAGAACUCAUUGAAGUGCUCUCGCAGAACCGCACAACAACGGAUGCAAGCGGUGCUUUAUCCAUCAAGCUCAAGGCUGGUGCACCACUCAUCUUUUGGCCGUACUCGAAAUGGAACUCUGCCAUUUCACGGCCAAACCUGGAUAUUGUGAUUGAUACACGGACAACAGCCACAACAACCGUGACCACCAAGUUCUUCUACCCGACUGCGCAAUCUAUUCGUUCUGAUGCGUUGCAAAAGUCAAGUAUGUCGCUUGCUUCGUUGAUUGCGUCGCUUGUUGCCGGUGCUGCUGUCUUGGGUGCGUUUGUCGUUGCUUAG